UCCGCUUUACUGUGAUUGGCUGUUUGUCCUGUUUGAAGAUGGCGGACAUGGAGAAAUGUGGAAGAGGUGAGGCUGGUGAAGACUGCGGGACGGAGGAGAUUGUCCGGGAAUCCAAAAAGCAAAAGAAGGACAAUGGGGAAGAGGGAAACGGUCACGUUUCGUCCGAUGUUUCUGUGCUGGCGGGUUUUGAGACCAAAUCGGUGUUGCGGGACUCCGCGCGGGAGAAGAACAUUUUCAUUCACGGAAUGCUGGCUGGCCAGGAGGCGGUGGUGAUCCUGGAGAAGACCCCCAUCCGCGAGGACACCGUGUCGGCGCUGCUUGAGGGCUCGCGGCUGACGCUCGAAAUGCGGAACGACAUUUACAGCACGUACCGCGCUCAGCCGCCCGUGCAGUUGAACGAGCUGAAGGCUACCCUGGUUUGUCCGGCCACGGAGAAGCACGUGAAGAAGUACCAGCGGCGGGGGACUUUCCUGCUGUGGGAGACGGGGGAGGACUACCGGACCGUCACCCUGCCUUUCCUGCUGAGUCAGAGCUUCAGCUUGCAGUGGGUUUACAACAUCCUGGAUAAGAAGGCAGAGGCCGAUCGCAUUGUCUUCGAGGAUCCGGACCCACAAGUCGGCUUCGUCCUGCUCCCAGACUUUAAGUGGGACCAGAAGCAGCUGGACGACUUGUACCUCAUCGCCAUCGUCCACAAGAGGGACAUCAAGAGCCUCCGAGACCUAAGAGGGGAACAUCUGCGACUUCUGGAGAACAUCCGCAGCAAGGGGGAGGAUGCUGUCCGUCAGCGCUACGACAUCGCCCCCAACAGGCUGCGUGUGUUCCUGCACUACCAGCCUUCCUACUAUCACCUCCACGUUCACCUGACGGCCCUCAGCUACGAGGCCCCCGGUAGCACCGUGGAAAGGGCCCACCUCCUGUCCGACGUCAUCCAGAACCUGCAGGCUGACCCAGACUACUACCGUGAUCGAACCCUCGCCUUUCCCGCACACGCAGAUGACGGACUCCUGGAAAAGUUUAAGGAAGCAGGCAGGCUCUAGGACCACAGCCGCAUCUCGAUCCUGCCGGUAGUCUCUCAUGGUUUAGUUCUGCCCUGAGUUGGUGUUCUGUGUUUUGGUAUUAUUUUUUAAUAUGUUUUUUGUCAUAAGCGGUUCAUUGUUUAUUAAUAAAAAAUUUUUUUAAACCAUUUUAAGCUUAAGAUUUAAUUUUAUGCCAUAACCAUCAUUCAUAAUUGGAUUUGGUUAACUACAUACCGAGUUGGUUAUGAAUAAAACAGAAAAUUACGCUCAGUGACGUCAACAUGCUUAUUGACAAGUGCUUUCAGGAUACCUGGACCGACACGCAUGCAGUCACACAAUAUUCAUCAUGUUAGGUCAGUCCUUUUGUGACUAUUUUCUGAUCACAAUUCACCCUCCUGACUGCUGCACGGCACCAAAAUGAGAUUAAUAAAGUUCCAUGUAACUGUGAUACA